UCCUCUGCGAGAAAUGCAUGGAUAAAGUCUCCAGCUGUGGGACAUCUCAGAAGAAUACCAACAAUGAAGAUAACUUGUACAGCCUUUGUGCUCCUCAUCCAAACAUUACAAUGCUUGGCUUCAGACGAUUCACCAUUUCAACUAACUAACAAGGCCACUGGUUUUUGUUUGGUUAAAAAAUAUGACAUAUGCAUUGAUGUACGCUGGACAACUGGUGACCGACUUUUGUAUAUGUGGCAAAACAAGUGUCUGGGAGUCCAGGGGAAAAAUGUGGGAAGUGAAGUAAGCCUCUACGACUGUGAUGAAUCCAGCGAUCUCCAAAAGUGGGAAUGCAAGAAUGGAACGGUGCUCGCCCUCAAAGGCCAAGAUCUUCACAUUGAUCUCACUGCAGAUCAGACAGCAGUUCUCUCUGGAACAAUAGGACCCAAUAGCCACCUCACAAUUACAGGGACAUCCCAAGGUCCUUGUACAAGAACAUACAGAGAACUGUACACCAUUGGAGGAAAUGCAAAUGGUAGGCCCUGCAUGUUUCCCUUCAUGUACAAAAACGAGUGGUUCUCAGACUGCACUGCGGUUGAUUACGCAGAAGGACGACUUUGGUGUGCCACUCAAACUAAAUAUGACCAUGAACUCUGGGGCGACUGCCCAACUAACAUAAAAACAGACUGGAAAGAAGACAUCACAAGCGGAGAGUAUUACCAGCUCAACACAUACUCAGCUCUGACUUGGCACCAGGCUGAAGUCAGCUGCAAACAGCAGGUGUCCUCUCUACUCAGUAUCACCGAUCCUCACCAGCAGGCUUACGUCACAGCAUUACUAGGAGCAGUUGGCAGGGGACAGGGGGACAAGCUUUGGAUUGGGAUGAGCCAGAACCCAGAACAUGGCUGGCAGUGGUCUAAUGGGAGGCCUUACCGUUACCUGAAUUGGGACUCAGGACAUCCACUUCCUACUCCGGGACAAACCUGUGCAAUUAUUGAUGGUGAUGUGCAGUACUCCUGGCAAAGUUCACCUUGCACCAAGAAACUGGGGUACAUCUGCUACAGUGAAGGAGCUGGGGCUACUCCUACUGAAGCUGCUGAGACAGGAUUUUGUAAAAGCCCUUGGAUUCCCUACAAUAACCACUGCUUCCACCUCCAACGUCUUCAGAAAACGUGGUCUGAUGCCCAGAAAGAGUGUCGUAAAGAAGGAGGGGACCUAGUGAGCAUCCGCAAUGUUGAGGACCAAAGUUUUGUCAUCUCUCAACUUGGCUUUGCAUCCACUGAUGAGCUUUGGAUUGGACUGAACGACAGGAAGACAGAAAGGCUGUUUGACUGGAGUGACCACUCUACUGUCAGCUUCACCAGCUGGGAGUCUGGGAAACCAGCUGUCUUCACUGACAGAGAAGACUGCGUUCUCAUCAGGGGGGAGAAUGGGAACUGGGCUGACCGUGUGUGUGACGAGAAACAUGGCUUCAUUUGUAUGAAGCUGAGUGACCGUGAACCCUCUGGAGAUGAAGUGGAGCUGAAUGUCGGCUGCAAAACUGGGUGGAAAAGACAUGGCUCGUACUGCUACUUUGUAGGAACACAGACAAAGACAUUUGAUGAAGCCAAAGAUGACUGCAAGAGCUCAGAUUCCAAAUUAGUUGAUGUUUCAAAUGGGGUGGAUAACGCCUUCCUUGUCAGCUUGGUGGGGUUGAGACCAGAGAAAUACUUCUGGCUAGGCCUCUCAAAUCAGAAAAACAUUGAUCAUUUUGAGUGGACCAACACAAACUUAGUGAGGUUUACUCACUGGAACGCUCAAAUGCCAGGUCAUCAACAGGGCUGUGUUGCCAUGACAACUGGGGUUUUUGCUGGCCUCUGGGAUGUGCUGCCCUGCACCAAUAAGGAGAAAUACAUCUGCAAACACCUGGUAGAGGGGGCAGGUCCAACCACUGCACCACCAACUCUUGCCCCUCCCGAGUGUGCGGAGGGCUGGACUCGAAUAGGAACAAGACUUUCUUGCUAUAAGUUGUUUUUAGGCUACUCUAUAAAGAAGAGGACCUGGUAUGAGGCCAGAGAUUACUGUAGGGCCAUCGGAGGAGACCUGCUCAGCAUCCACAGUGAUAAAGAGCUACAACUUACACAAAACUAUGGUGUCGUCUGGAUUGGACUCAGUGCCCCUGACCCAGUCACCGGUUACGUAUGGAGCGAUGGAUCCCCAGUAAACUUCCAACACUGGGAGGACGGAGAGCCAAACAAUUUAAACAACGUGGAAUCUUGUGUCGAAUUUGACGCAUAUAAGAGGCACUGGGGCAUGUCUUGGAACGAUGUGCAGUGUGAGAAGAACAAUGGAUGGCUCUGUCAGAUCCUUGCAGGAGCAACUCCAAAGCCACCUCCAGACCCUGUCGCUCCUGACUACAAUAUAACGUCGGACGGGUGGAUAGAACGGAAUGGGACUCAGUAUUAUAUUAACAGAAAACAAAUGGCCAUGGAUGAAGCUCGUAAUUUCUGCCAACAGAAGCAUAGUGACUUGGUAUCUAUCAACAGUGAAGCUGAAAGUGUCUUUUUGUGGAAACAGGUGUCCACAAGUGUAAGCCCUUACUGGAUAGGCCUGACAGUAGACCUUGAUCGAACAUAUGAGUGGAUGGAUGGUUCUCCAGUGUUCUUUCAAAAGUGGAAUGAAGGUCAGCCUGAUUUCAAGAAUUAUGAUGAGAACUGUGCGGUCAUGUUUCCUUCUAAUGGGUUCUGGCAUGAUUAUAAUUGUGGGCAUGAGUUUAGGUCCAUUUGUAAACGCGGUGGCUCACCACCUGCCAACACCACUGUGCAACCCACAGAUGCCCCUACAGGUGGCUGCCUACUCCCCUGGAAAAAAUUCAAGUCUAAGUGUUACAACAUCAUUAGAGACCGGAAUUUAACAUGGGAUGGAGGGAGGAAACAUUGCCAAGAUAUGGGUGGAAACUUGGUCUCUAUUCCCUCAAGACAUGUGGAAGUGUUUUUAAUGAAUCAAAUGGCUGACACACCUACUACAGACCUUUGGAUUGGUUUUCACAAUACAUAUUCAUCUGGAUUUUUUUGGACUGAUGGGCGGCCGAGGCAAUAUAACAACUUGAAUUUAGAAAGACUCCUGAGAAUACAUUAUGAUUCAUAUCGGAUGUUUCUUAGAUAUUUUCAACAAAUGCGCGAACAGGAACAGAAACAGUGUGCUGUGAUCAAUACUAAUCCUUCCCUUGGUAUUGGGAAAUGGGUACCAAAGGUCUGCAGUGACACCAAUGGAUUUAUUUGUCUUCGAAAUGUUGAUAAAUAUCUCCCAGACUCCCCUGAACCAACAAUUUCUAGUGAUAUCAAAAUAUUGAAUGACUCUAUCAAGCUUGUUACUCAACAAAUGAACUGGGAUGCAGCCAAAGAGCACUGUGAAGGUGAUGGUGCCAACCUGGCUAGCCUGCGUAACGAGUGGUCACAGGCCUAUGUUGAGCUGCUGGCUAUGAAUCUCAAAACUCCUCUGUGGAUUGGACUGAACAAAAUGCAGACCAAAGGGUAUUUCAGAUAUAUUGAUGGCUGGCACAUGAGCUUUUCUCACUGGGGUAGUGGUGAACCAAGCAGGAACAAAUCUUGUGUCUACGUGGAUGUGGAUGGAAAAUGGAAGGCCGCUGACUGCAAGCAGACCAUGAAGAGUGUUUGUAUGAAGUCUACAGAUGUACCACCAACAGAGCCAAGUGGUUUUCCAGGAGCUUGCCCUGAAAACCCAGAUACAUUACACACAGCCAAGAAUUACUUCUGGCUACCAUUUAAAGGUUACUGUUACGCAUUUUUCACAGAAGUAAGAUCGUGGGCAGAUGCAUCUGUUGAAUGUGGAAAACAUGGUGGAUCACUAGCCAGUAUUGAAGAUCCCUUUGAGCAAGAAUUCAUUCAAAGCAAUGCAAAAACAUUCGAAGACAGCCACGACAGUUUCUGGAUCGGCUUGUUUCAAACUCACAAAGGGGAGUGGUUGUGGUUGGACAAAACAGUCAUGGACUUCACUAACUGGGCUGAAGAUCUACCUGAUCAUCGCAGCUACGGAGGGAUUAGUGCUUCAGACGGGACAUGGAAUACGGGCAGUAAGUGGUAUCCUAGACCAUACAUCUGCAAAACACCCAAAGUAUUACCACCAGCGCCAUCACCAUCACCAACUACUAUAUUUGACCAUCCCCGUAGCCACAUAGUUUUGGCAGUUGUGGUGGUCAUUUCUGGGAUUGCCAUAGGAGCAUUCAUUGCCUACUUUCUCCUCUACAAGAAGUCUGCUCAUCGUUUACCCAUCCCUGACAAGUUAACCACCUUUGACAACCCACUCUUCUUCAGCAAUGAGCAGUCACAGCCUUAUGUGGUUGAAACCAAUAAUCUGGUAGAGAAUGCAGAGGAAGAGAGCCCUGAGCCUAUUAUAACUGUAUGAUUCAAAAAGACAGAAAACAUCAGAAACUAAUGGGACACAUGCUCUAUUGAGGGCUCAUGGUUGGUGGCUUUCUCUUUUGCAUGGCCAAUGAUUUCAGUCUGUUCUGAAAUGGGAGGAGCUUCAAUAGAGUUGGCAAAUGGGCAAAGCAAUUUAGACUGUAGCUUGUUUUAUUUGGAGUGAUUGUUUGAAAUUAUAUUAAAUCAUAUAUUUUGUAAUGACUAAGAAGAGACUGAUUGAACAAUUCUACACACAUUUUUUUUUACCUUCUUAUAAGUGUUAGGAUAAUGCUGUAUAUUUUGCUAUUUGCUACAGAUCUGCUGUGGUGUAAAGUCAUGUGGUGUAAUGUCUAAAUAACAUUAAAACAAAGUAAUAAAUAUAUCAGA